AGAUUAAUCUUGGUAAACGUAAAAAACAGGACAUUGCAAACGAUUUUGGAAUUAAACAAAACACAUUAAGUUCAAUCUGGAAAAAUAAAGAUUCUGUCAUCAAUGCAUACGAGACUACGUCGUUCAGCCCAGCCCGUAAACGAAUGCGUCAUGCCAGUAAUAGAGACAUUGAAAUGGCGCUGUUUGAGUGGUAUAAGACUGUACGAUCCCAAAAUUUGCCUAUUGAUGGACCUAUGCUUACACGAAAGGCUAAUUCUCUGGUAUGUGAGCUGGGCAUGGAAAAUUUUCAGGCAACAAACGGAUUUAUUGAAAGAUUCAAAAAUCGUCAUGGCAUAUCGAGCAAAACAUUAUCCGGUGAAGGUGCUUCCGUCGAUAAUUCACAAACUGAAAAUUGGAUGCAGUCAAAACUUACAAGUUUGAUCAAGGACUAUGAACCAAAAAAUGUCUACAAUAUCGAUGAAGCUGGCGUUUUUUAUAAAAUGACCCCAAAUAAAACACUAGAGGUAAAAGGAACAAAAUGUUUUGGAGGCAAACAAAGCAAGGACAGAAUCACAGUGCUUAUCGGCGCAAAUAUGGACGGUUCUGAUAAACUUAAACUUUUGAUAAUCGGAAAAUUCAAAAAUCCUAGAUGUUUUAAAAAUGUUAAAAGUUUGCCGGUAGAUUACGAAGCUAAUCGUCGUGCUUUGAUGAACUCAGAAAUAUUUAUCAGUUGGGUGAAAAAACUUGACAAACGUAUGACACGUGAGAAAAGAUCUAUUCUAUUGUUUGUUGAUAAUUGCCCGGCCCAUCCGAAAAUCGAGGGAUUAAAAGCUGUAAAACUGUUGUUUUUCCCACCUAACACUACAUCUAAGUUACAGCCCUGGCAUGUUUCCGAUUCGUCUGACACAGACGAGUUCGAGGACGAUGACAUUCCGCUGGCUGAAUUGGCAUCGAAAUGGAAUCGCCUUAGAGUAUUCAGUGACAUAGACAAAAACAUUUCUUUUGAUGAGUACAUAAAUGCCGAUGAGAAUGUUGUCUCCGUUGAGCAGAAGUCCGAUAGCGAUAUAAUAGCGGAGGUAAAGCAAAAAUUGAAACCCGCUGAAACCCUGUCGCAGAGUGACGAAGAGAGUGACUCUGAGACUGUUGAUGACCCCCCACCCACCAUGAAUGAGUUUCUUAAUGCUAUAGACACUUGCAGACGCUUUGUUCUUUCUAAGUCUGAUUCGUGUGAUUCUGUUUUCGGAUGUUUACAUGAACUUGAGAAAUUUUCAGUUGAAAUAGGGAAAGCCAAAAAGCAGACAAAAUUAACUGUUUUUUCCGACAGUGAAUGUCUUUGUACAUGA